ACGUCCCACCCAAUCAGAGGAUGGAGCAGGAGUACGGACCGGAGCUCUUUAAUGUUGGGAUCGUUGACGUCACGGGGUGGUGAGAAAUACGGGACGGUUGGUAGUGACGUUUAGUGCUGCUGUCGUGACGUAAACUGUGGGAUCUGAAGAGGCUGCGGUGGGUUACAUAGUCAGAUUUUGUUCAGAUUUUUGUCAGCAAAACUUUAAUCACUACUGAGGAAUGGAGGAAAAAGAAAGAUGUGGUUGAGCGUUUUCUGCCUUCUGAUUCAUUCUUGGAACUAAACCUAUCUGCUUAUUAUGAGCUCCUGCUUUUGAGGAAAAUUCUGGACCACCCUUACUGCAGUACCACAAACCUUUUGGCCUUUGUUCAGUUGGACUUGGAAUGGGAUAUGAGUGCAAAAUAUCCCUGGAACGUUAAUUCCAACAGUUGUGGUUCUUUAGCUUUCCGAUACCGAUAGCUCAUUACCGAGCCUACACCAUGAGUUGCGUUCCAUGGAAAGGGGACAAGGCAAAAUCUGGAUUGGAGGCCCAAGAACCUCUUCCUCCACAAAUCUACCAUGAGAAGCAGCGUCGGGAACUCUGUGCCCUGCAUGCCUUGAACAAUGUCUUCCAGGAUGCUGGAGCAUUCACCCGAGAAACCCUGCAGGAGAUAUUUCAAAGGUUGUCCCCCAACACUUUAGUGACUCCUCACAAGAAGAAUGUGUUGGGUAACGGGAACUAUGAUGUCAAUGUUAUUAUGGCAGCACUUCAGACCAAGGGAUAUGAAGCUGUAUGGUGGGACAAAAGGAGGGAUGUCAAUUUGAUAUGUCUUUCUAAUGUUACUGGGUUUAUUAUGAACCUUCCAUCAAGUCUGUCUUGGGGACCCCUUAAGCUUCCACUCAAAAGGCAGCACUGGAUAUGUGUACGUGAGGUAGGAGGCAACUACUACAACCUCGACUCCAAACUGAAAAGGCCGGAGUGGAUUGGGAGUGAAGAUGAUCUAAGGAAAUUUUUCAGAUAUCACUUAAGAGGCAAAAACUGUGAGCUGCUUUUAGUGGUACCGGAGGAGGUUGAAGUUCAUCAGCGCUGGAGGACUGAUCUAUAAUCAACCAAACCAUAAACUUUUUUUUCUUUCUAUUUUUUUGUUUUUUUUUUCAUUCACUACAAUGAUGAUUUACGUGGUAUUGACAAUCUCUGUAUCUCCCCAACUUUCUCCUCUGGAAAAAUGUCAGGUGAAGUAGUUAAAACUCUUCUUGUUUUUGUCCUGGUGGUGCAAUAUGGAGGAGCAGGCUGGGGGAUUUCUAUAUGUGUAUACGGAUGCUGCAGGGGCCGCUUCAUCUCAGCGUGAUAUCAAGAAGCAGCACAAGAAUGGAGACCUGAAAGCUAUGCAGCAGUGCUGGGCAACUUUUACAUGUAGCUGGCCCCAUUAUUUGUCACACCGUGUGUUUGAGGCCUGGAUUAUACUAAAACAAUGUUACAUAAAGAAGUCUGAGGAACCCUUGAGUAGACUGGAGGGCCUUAAAAUCCCUUUUUAAGGGCCGCCUCCGGCCCUCCAGUUGUACAGCUCUUUUUAUACAGGGACAGAAUUGAAGAUGGUUGUGGAUGGAGAUUUAGGAAUGGGCAGACUGGUGCUGCAGUGGAAAUAUUUGCUUGGCAAAACUAGUUCUCUUGUUCUGGCUUUUAUUUCAUGCUAAUGGAGUCUGUCACGUCAGAGAUGAUAACUGUUACUUACCCAGUGAGGUCAAAAACAACUUUUUAUGCAUAUUAAAAAAUGGAAAAUCUUGAUUUAAAUCAAACUGAGCCAUCCUUUUCUAUGUAAGACUUCAUCCAAAAUCCUCAGCCCUUUAAAUGCUGUAAUUGUGUGACAAACUAUAGCCAUAUAACUAUAGAAAUAGAAACUUUAUGAAUUGGACCAUGGCAAAAGCAGCUCUAUAUUCAGAGCAAAAGUGAUAUGUUAUGUAAUAAGCCCUUUAGGGUGCAUUGUGCAUUUAUUUUCCCUUUAAACAAGAACUACGAUUCUAAUUAAGCAAAUGUGGAAGCAAAUAGGAAUUAGCUAGAGGCUGCCUUAUGAUGGGAGGGUGUGAGUUUUAUUUGGAAGAAGCACUAACUUGCCCUCCAGAUUCACUUAUAAGGCCCUCUUUUGUUUUGGGUCCCUGCAGAUGCAUUUGAUUGCUACAUACACUUGGCCAGAGGCAAACCAGGAUGUUUUAGUUUAACGGUGGGGGGGGACAGAGCUCUCCUUAAGAUACUUGCAGGUUAACGUGCUUACAGACCAUUGAUAAUUUUUUUUGUAUAUAUAAUAUAUAUAAUAUAUAUAUAUAUAUAUAUAUAUAUAUAUGCCACAUUGCUGCACUUCUAUUAUAGUACUGUAUCGCUAGGGCCAAGAACAGGUGGCACAGUUGAUGACUUGCUGUAGCAAAGCAGUAUGGCAGUCACACUGAUGUGUAUGUAACUAAAUAUGCUUAUACAGCGGGAAGUGCUGUUAAGGGAAAAUAAAUAGACUUUUAAGCACUCAGUGCCAGCAACAGAAACUAUUUGGGGGCCUCCCCUUAUGGGCCUAGUAAAUCUAUUUUUUGCCUGUUCAUUGGGUUCCUUCUUGAAACAAUACUUUGUGCGAUUGUAGUAUAGUACAAAUUCACCUAAUCACCAGCAGUAACAUUGGGACUGUGUGAUAAUGCCAUUCACAUUGCUCUUGGCUAAGCUAUCUAUUGGAGAACAUUGGCUUUUGCUUACUGCAUUCUGAUUCACACAACCUUUCCAACCUAUUCUGAGAUGUGUGCCUCACUAUCACAAUAGUCCAUGUUGUAUAAAUGAACAACUCUUUGUUUUCAUGCUGAAAAUCUUAACUUAUAUUGCAUGUUAUAAAGUAGAAUGUUUAAUACAAACUGAAUAUGUAAGAACCACAGUGAAAGGCCUGUUACACAGCAGCAUGGUUGUCCUUGGCUUUGCCAACUUUGCAGGGAAAUCCCAAGUUUGUUACAUUUUUAUGUAGGGAAUAAUGCACUCCCUGUUGUAAAAUAUAAGGAUAUGAGAAGAAUUUUCAUGACCAUAUAAAGACACGAGCCACAGGCCAUUUGCUUUUAUGAAGGUCAUGAAACUCUGAUGUAAAAUCUUUGACUGAUAUAUUUCGUGGGAAACAACAUUUUUAUAAUACACAAGUAUCAAUUCAUGACAAAAGUGACAUCACUAAGCACUGAAUAUAACUGAUAACCGCACUAAGCACUUAUAAGGAUAUAUUUUAUGGCUCUUGUGUAUUAUAUGUGAUGUAAUCACAGGCCUUUGUACCAGAGAUUGACUGGGUGCGGAUCUUCUAUGUAGCCAUAUGUUUAAGGCUCGGUUGCAAGUGAACAGUUGAACAGUGUUCUUUUUAAGUCUUGUUUAUGUCCCUCAUCCCAGGCUGCUCCUUGUGUAACUGCAUGAUGUGCUGUCUCCGAGUUCUCACGGAAGGGGCCAGUUUUCUGAUCAUUUCUUGUGAGGCUUUGCUUCAGUGCUGUUCUACUCACACAGUUGUCCAAUUAAUGUCUUUGCCAGUUACUUUCCUUCCUCACUGUGGGGUUGUUCACCUUCAAGUAAAUUUUUCAUAUGUUAAAGAAUGAUAAAUUCUUAGCAACUUUUCAAUUGGUUUUUAUUUUUAAUAGUAUUUGAAUUAUUUGACUCCUUCUUCUGACUUUAUAAAGCUUUCAAAUGGGGGUCACUGUCCCCAACAGCCCAUAAACAAUUGCUCUGUGAGGCUACAAUUUUAUUGCUAUUGUCAUUUUUUUUAUUACUAAUCUUUUCAUGCAAACCUUUUUUAUAUGCUAGUCUUUAAUUCAGAUCACUGCCUGGUUGCUAGGGUACUUUGGACCCUAGAAACCAGAUCGCUACUGAAAUUCAAACUGGUCAAAAAGCUAAAUAAUUUAAAAACCAUAAGCAUUGAAAAAAUGAAGACCAACUGAAAGCUGUCUCAGAUUAUUACUCUCUACAUCAUAUUAAAAGUAAAUACAAAGGUGAACAACCCCUUUAAGUCUUCUAUUCAGUCAGCUAAGAUUAUAAUGGAUAUGAUCUCCUAUAGGGCACAACUAGUCUGUUACAGCCAAGGGCUGUAAGUAAGGGUUGGGGGUAUGGUUAUAUGCAGUCACUUUGGUAAGGUUCAGUGUUGCCUGUUGCAAUUUUAUUUAGUGUUUGACGGCUAAUGUUCCUGUUACGCUGCAUAACCAGCAUUACACAGCAGUGCUAAAUGUGCUUAAUUCUGAUUUUGGUUUAUGUGUAUGCUUACUAAGCAGGAGUAAGCUGUGUACCUUUAGCAAAAUAUUCCCGUUGGGCAGCCAUUUCUUCCAUGCAGUUAAGUGUCCUGACCACAUGGUUUGUGCUUUGCACCAAUACUAUGGUAACACGCACCCUGAUCCAAAAGCGGCUAUGCCACAGAGCCGUAAAAACCUUCUGUCCAUAAAAGUAAUUUGAGUCUAAAGAUUUUAUAGAAAUUCUUCCCCCGGAGCACUGUCUCAAAUUAGAUUGCAGAAAUGGAGACUCAAGUAAAAAGCAGUUGAAAAA